AUGGGGCAGGCAGGACUUGGCAGGGAGAGGGGGAGAUAGCAUAAGUUGGUAGCGACAGUCGCUUUGUCUCCUAAAGAGAAGAGAGUUUAGCAAAUGACUUCUAAUAGACUUUCACAUCGGUACCGAGCGAGGGCAGCCAGUUCGAAGUAUCUUAGGGCGCUGAAGUGUCAGCAGCGGUUCUGGCCAGAAUUGCUCGUUUAGCUAAAGUGAAAAGGGGGGAGAGAGACAACCGAGGGCAGCAAGCGAAUAUAGAAUUGGAAAUGAGAGCGCUCAGAGCAAGCUAGCUACCUAGCCUGGAUGGGUAGAUUGUGUGGUGGUCAGCAAGGGAGACGGGGAAGGAAGCAUGUGUAAAAUAACAGCAUAGUUAACGCGUAUCUUUUUUCCAAACACAAUGAUCCGCUGAGUAGCGAAGGGGAGCUCAGUUGUCAGAAACGCAACCAGAGUAGAGGCGCUUGUCCUACCUGUGCGUGGGGGUUGGUUGGCAGGGGCAUCUUAGCUAGCUUAAUAUCUAGCCAGCUAGAUGCCUCCCAGUUUGACUAGUCUGUCAACCAUCUUAUUAGUGGGGCAGCUAGCUAGCUAGGUAGGCAGAGACCAGAAUGAGACGAGUACCUUGACUAAGAAGUUUUUACAUCGAGUGGAUUGGUUGAUUGAGACGGGUAGCUGGCACCAAUCUUAUUAAUUUUUGUAUUGUUACCCGAGAGGCUGAUGGACUAAUAUGCCUCGUAUAGCUAGCUUAGUUAGAUAGCUAGUAUAAGAAGCAGAGGAUGCUUUGUUAGCUUUUCGAGAGCCAUCACAAAGGUCUCUGGGAGCUGUUAACAGGAGGCAUAUUUCGGGGUGGUUGUUUAGAGUGUUCAAUGAUACUUUGAGGGGGGUUUUGUUAGCGUUAGCUCUGCUUAGGAAAGAUCAAGACUCUUCGCUGACAAAAAGAAGAAAAUCUGAAGACGAAGAAAGGGUGGUGGGAUUUUUGAGGGCAUCGCUGGCAGUGGCAAACAUGAAGCCAGACCGAGACGCUGCGGAGGAGUUCUUCGAGUACGACGCGGAGGAGUUCCUGGUGCUGCUGUCCCUGCUGAUCACCGAGGGCCGCACUCCGGAAUGCUCCGUGAAGGGCCGAACGGAGGGCCUGCACUGCCCCCCGGCGCAGUCCGCCCUGCCCGUCCACUCCAAGCACGAAUGCAGCGACAAACUGCCACAGUGCCGGCAGGCCAGGAGGACGCGCUCAGAGGUCGUGCUCCUCUGGAGAAACAACAUCCCCAUCAUGGUAGAGGUGAUGCUGCUCCCUGACUGCUGCUAUAGCGACGAGGGUCCCACCACGGAAGGGAACGACAUCAACGACCCCGCCAUUAAGCAGGACGCGCUGUUGCUGGAGAGGUGGACCCUGCAGCCCGUUCCCAGGCAAAGCGGCGAUCGCUUCAUCGAGGAGAAGACCUUGCUGUUGGCAGUACGUUCCUAUGUGUUCUUCUCCCAGCUCAGCGCCUGGCUGAGUGCGUCGCAUGGCAUUGUUCCCAGGAACAUUUUGUACAGGAUCAGUGCGGCCGACGAGGAGCUGCUGUGGAACUUCUCCCAGCCCCCGGCGGAGCAUGCCUUCCCCAUCCCCAACGUGUCCCACAGCGUGGCCCUCAAAGUGCGUGUGCAGUCCCUCCCCCGGCAGCCCAACUACCCCGUCUUGAAAUGUAGCAUCCACACCAGCCUGAGCUUCCACGGGAAGAGGAGCCACGAGCAGGAGAGGCCCAGGCGGGACUGUGACGUCGCGGAGGCCGACCCGCGCCGCCCGCGGGGCUCCCCUCCGCCCUCCCGCACCGGCCGCUCCCCCGUUCCUAACGGCGUGGCCAGCCCGAGGCAGUACCCCCACCCGGACGCCCUCCCCCCCAGCAAAGCGGUCAAGUGGCUCUACUCCAGACUGAGCGGCCCCUCUGAUGUCAGACCCGUGGAGGGUUACGGGUCGUCGAUGAAUGGCGCGGAAGGCUCAAAGGCGCACGCCCCGGAGGCGCCCGCCAGAGCCCCCAAGUCCCUGCUGGACCCCCUGGCGUCCCCCAGGCCCGGCCCCAGACCGCCCCUGGGGGAGACCAACCCCCUGAUUGGCUCCCUGCUGCAGGAAAGGCAGGAGGUCAUCGCCCGCAUCGCCCAGCAUCUGAAUUACUGCGACCCCACCGCCCCCCACAUCCCAGACAGCCUGUUCGGGGGUCCUGAGGCCCCGGGCCCCAAAGCCUUCUGGGGGCCACGCGAAGAGGACGGCCUGUUCAGGAGGAGCAAAGAACCCUGCAGCUCGUCCCCGAGCCAGUCCCCACGCCGGGACGGCAGCUCCCCCGAGAGGACCCGUGAAGGGAGGAGCUGGUUUUCUCCCUCGGACACCCCCCCGGGCUUCUGCGGCAAAGCCAAAACAGACAGCGAGCCGAGAGCUUCCCCUAAGCCGGCCUCGUGCAGGAAGCUGCUGCUCCUGGACCCUGCCGAGACCCAGCGGAUAUCGGAGGCCGUGCAGGACAUUUCCAGACUCAUCCAGGACACCUUCCAGCAGUCCCAGAGCAAAUGCACCGGGCUGCUGCACUGCGCGUCCAAGAGCCGCAAGGAGGGCACCUUGAACACACCAAAUAAAAGCGAGAGCGGCCAGAGCCAAGGCCAAACAACGCCCCUGCAGGGCACCUCCCCAGACACCCUUAGAGCGAACGGCACUGACUUACACAUUUGCACAGACUUGAGUAGUAAACAUAUAAGCAUCAACGGCAGUACCCCCCAGGACUGUCCCCAGAGACCUCAGGACCCGGCCUGCAGAAAACUUGAAGGCCCGGCGGCGACGCCGGAGCCAAAAACGUCACACGGUUUACAGAACGCCAAACAGGACGGCGGGAGCCCCUUGAGCGCCGAGCGGAACGUUCCGAGGCCCGGCGACCGCCACGGGCAGAACGAGGUGAACGUUGCGGACGCCUCCCCUCCGAAAGACGUCAUCGAUUCCAAAGGCCAAGAGAGGCCCGACCCGCAGAGACCCCGCUGGCAGGACGAGAACCGGGACCCUUCCGCACGCAGAACCUUGGCCGGCCUCGCCCAGAGAGGCGGCAGCCAGGAGCGGGCGGUCCACGCCGACACAACACAGAAUGGAGACGUCCUGAGAGCAAAUGCCAAGUCCCCCUUGAAGCCGUGCAAUAUCUGGAAGAAGCAGAAUCGUCACUCCCUAGACGGAACAGCAACAAAAGCCUUCCACCCCUGCACCGGAUUACCUCUGCUCUCCAGCCCUGUUCCUCAAAGGAAAACGCAGACUGGAUACUUUGAUUUAGACACAUCACUGAUUCGCUGCAACGGUCUACCAUGGGCUGCUGGCAGAAGAGUGUGUCUGAAGAGAGAGGGCGAUGCGGACGGGCCGACCCAGCAGCUGCUCAGCACAAGCGCACCCCCCGCAAGCCUCAGCCUCCUGGGAAACUUCGAGGAGUGUGUGCUGAACUACCGUCUGGAGCCACUGGGAAAUGUGGAGGGCUUCUCAGCCGAGGUGGGCGCCAGUGGAACGUUCUGCCCCAGUCACAUGACCCUGCCGGUGGACGUGUCAUUCUACAGUGUCUCUGAUGACAACGCGCCUUCUCCCUACAUGGGUGUAAUUAACUUGGAGUCCCUUGGUAAAAGGGGUUACCGUGUACCUCCUUCAGGAACAAUUCAAGUGACCUUAUUCAAUCCCAACAAGACGGUGGUGAAGAUGUUCGUGGUGGUGUACGAUCUGAGAGAGAUGCCAGCCAAUCACCAAACAUUCCUCAGACAGAGGACCUUCUCUGUUCCCGUGAAGCGGGAAACCAACGGACAUGUCAGCAAAAAGCCCCUCCCCCUGAGACAGGAGCGGACCCUGCGCUACCUCAUUCACCUGAGGUUCCAGAGCUCAAAAUCUGGAAAGAUCUACCUCCACAGAGACAUCCGACUCCUGUUUUCACGCAAGUCAAUGGAAGUGGACAGUGGUGCUGCCUAUGAGCUCAAAUCAUUCACAGAGUCCCCUGCCGACCCACCCUUCUCUCCCAGAUGCUAGUCCUGCCCAGUCCAAUCCAGCCUUUAAACUAAAUCAAAACUUUGACCUACCUGCUAAGAAGCAACAUAUAAUCCCACCGCAUAUAUCCUUUUUUUAUUUUGGGUAGACCCAGAUGCAUUUUAAUCUUUGAACCUAUCCCGGUUGGUUUAAUAUGUUAGAUUUGUCAUGUCUGAUUGGCUGGUAGGUCAGUGUUUUGAUUUAAAUCCCAUCAAAAUCCUUUUCAAGGCUUUGGUAUUUCUUGUGGAGACAUACAGCAAAUGCAUCAGACUAUGACCCACUUUAAUAAAGAGAAGACAUAAGCAAUCAAACAAGAGAAGGAUAAGAUGGCAAAAGAGCACUGUGUAUUUCCACAAUAACUGGAAAUGAAAUUAGUAGUAUUCUAAUAUCUCUUUUUGUACUGUUACAGAACCACUUUACUGGAAGUGUUGCAAUAGACAGAGAAAUACCUUACUAGCUUAGUGUUUACAUGUUUACUUUGUCAGUUAUUUAAUAUUUAAAUUAAUAUUUCAUUUACUGCACAUGUGAUGUCUGUUAUGCUAAGCAUUAUGAUAUA